AUGGACGCGGCCACGACCGGCUCCGGCUCCGGCUCCCCCGGGCCCGGCUCCCCGGCGCCCCCCGACCUGGAGGCGGUGCCGCUGGUGGCGCUGAACUUCUCGGUGCGGCGGCGGCUCGGGCUCUACCUCAACCCGCGCGCCCCGGUGGCCGCCGACUGGACGGCGCUGGCCGAGGAGCUGGGCUACGAGUACCUGGAGAUCAAGCACCUGGAGGCGCAGCCCGACCCCGCCGCCCGCCUGCUGGAGGACUGGCCGGGCCGCUGCCCCGGCGGCGCCACCGUGGGCCGCCUGCUGGUGCUGCUGCGGGCCCUGGGCCGCCACGACAUCCUGGCCGACCUGGGCGGCCGCAUCG